AGCCAGAAUCACCUUGGGUCCGGGCGCCGAGAUGGCGUCCUCCGCCUCCGCUCGCACUCCGGCGGGGAAGCGAGUGGUGAAUCAGGACGAACUGCGGCGGUUGAUGAAGGAGAAGCAGCGUCUGAGCACCAAUCGGAAACGGAUAGAAUCUCCAUUUGCGAAGUACAACCGUUUGGGGCAGCUGAGCUGUGCCCUGUGUAACACCCCGGUGAAGAGCGAGCUCCUGUGGCAGACUCACGUCCUGGGAAAGCAGCACCGUGAGAAAGUGGCCGAGCUGAAAGGCGCGAAAGAAGCCACCCAGAGUCCGUCCUCCAGCGCAGGGCCUCAGUCAGCCAAGAGGAAGGCGUCGGAUGCGGAUGGCCAGGAUGCCAAAAGACCCAAGGCCUCUCCGCUGCCUCAGGUACAGCCCUCCACAUCCGCUUUGCCCACCAACUUUGACAGAGCAGGGAAGGAGUCCGCCAGAGCGACCCUCAGUAAGGUUUCGGGACUCGGUUUACUCCCUGAUUAUGAAGAUGAGGAAGAGGAGGAGGAAGAGGGAGGAGAAGGGAAAAGAGGGGACACUAGCAAGCAGCCGUCCGACGCACAGGGCAAGGAACACUCGCUUUCCUCGUCGAGAGAGGCAACAAGUGGUAUGCUGCCAGGCGGUUUCUCAGAUACACAUCCUCCCAAGGCCCCUUUAAUUCCUCAUUCAGGGUCAAUUGAGAAAGCAGAAAUACAUGAAAAAGUCGUGGAAAGGAGAGAAAACACAGCGGAGGCAUUACCGGAAGGCUUUUUUGACGACCCUGAGAUAGAUGCUAGGGUACGAAAGGUUGAUGCCCCAAAGGAUCAGAUGGACAAAGAGUGGGACGAAUUUCAAAAGGCCAUGAGACAGGUCAAUACCAUUUCCGAAGCCAUAGUUGCCGAAGAGGAUGAGGAGGGACGGUUGGACCGGCAAAUUGGGGAGAUCGAUGAGCAGAUAGAAUGUUACCGUCGGGUGGAAAAGCUUCGGAAUCGCCAGGAUGAAAUAAAACAUAAGCUUAAAGAGGUUCUGACUAUAAAAGAACUUCAGAAAAAGGAAGAGGAGAAUGUUGACAGCGAUGAUGAGGGAGAACUACAAGAUUUGUUGUCUCAGGAUUGGAGGGUAAAAGGGGCUUUGUUAUAGGGUUUCAAAGACCCGAGAUUUUCAUACCCUCUACAGUGGUACCAAAAGUGCUGUCUCUGGAUAGGAUACUGGUUAUUUCAUGCCCUGAUAUUUGUUAACCUAACUGGGUUGUUGAGAUACAAUGAGCCUGUGAAGAUAGCACUUUUGAAAAUUGGUGUAAAAUAUUCUUGAGGUAAAGUUGUUUUUGAAAUUUUUGAACUAUUAUAUACUAAAAGGUCACCUUUUUCACACAUUUACUUAAGUGUAUAAUUUUGAAUUGUCAAGUCUGUAAGCUGUAAAUAUUAUAUAUAGUUAAAUAUAUAUUUACUUAAGUAAUUCUGUUUUGAAAUUUAUAAAUAAGUAGAAGCCAAGCCAACAGACAAGCUUUUAGAUGAAAACCAAGUGUGGUAUUUGGGAUAUGUGUGACUUUUUCUUUUCUAAUCCCCUAAAUCAACUCAAGAGUGUUUUGCAGGAAGGUGGGGGACGGGGUUGUUUUUGUUUUUUAAAUACUAUUCAUAAACACAUAAGUCAUUCAGGGCAAAUCAAUUCUCUGAGUAUUCUGUUUCUGUUUUAAAAACAUGCACUAGGAGCACAUGGUGAUAUAUCCCAAAUAUUUCUCUUGAUUAAAGCAGUGAUUCUUGGGUGUAGGUGCACAUGGAAAGCACCAAGCUUUUGAAAAGGUGCAUAAAAAUCACCUUGGAGCUUUUAAAACACUCGUGUGCCCGAGGCUUACGUUUAGAGAUUCAAUAAAUCUGGAGCAGGGCCCAGGCGUCUGUUUAGGUUUGAAAGCUUCCCAGGUUAUUCUGAUAUACGCCAAAGUUGGAGAGCUAUGUGGCCCUAAAUCCAGAACCCAUUUAUGUUUUUUCAGGCUUUGUUUUUUUCAAAUACCAUGUUCCAUAAGUUUACUGUCUAUUGUAUAAAAGAAAUACUACUUUAUAUUUAGAUUUCAUCCAGUCUUAAAUUUUAUUACAUUUCAUAGUAAAUUAGGGUUCAGAGUUUCUGUCCAUUGUUGGGAGGAUAAGUUGUUUUCUCAAGGAGUAACAAUUAGCUUGUUCCAGUCAUUGAUUGUUUAAAAUCACUCCUUUUCCCUUUAGCGAUAGAGGUAUUCAAAUGAAAAUGGAAUUAGCAGUGUUCCAGGGGUAGAAAUGCAUACAGCAUUCUCAAAUGGAAGUGAGUGGUAAUAAUAAUAGCUAAAACAUAAAGCUUUUACAAUAUAUGACAGAUGUGGUUCUAAGCGCUUUACAUAAACCAAGUCUAGUUGCUCUAAAGCUCAGGUUUUAUGGAGAAUAGUACCAAGAGAUAAGGUAUGAAAAAGCCUCACUUGGAUGCUAGAUGAAAGAAUUCUCUCUGUCGGCAAUGUAGGAAAAGUGGAAGUUUUUUAACAAAUUAUAUUUGCAAAAAAAAUUAUGGAAGAUGAUUUUAGUUGCAGUAUAUAAGAUGGAAUGAAUGUGGAUGGGGAGAAAGAAGCUGGGAGACUACUUGGAAACUAGAUUUUAAAAAAGCUCGGUGAGCAAGACUUUGAUUAGUUAUGGACUGAGAGUAAAGGAAUAAAGUUGAAACAUUUUAACAGGAAGGGCUAACAUUUUAGUGACUAGAGGUAGAAGAAAAACAGGAGAUGAAAUUCAAGGGCUUGGGGGUUUUUAGUGUAGGUCCCUGAAAAAGUUAUCUAACACUUCUUGAGUAUAUUAACUAUCUUGCUCUCUUUGGCAGAAAGUCUGUUUUCUUGAGCUGUCAGUAUAACAGAGGGCAUGCCUGCCUUAAAUGUAUAAACCCACAGGUACUCAGAGUUUUCUAUCAUCCAUCACUUCAUUAAGAAUGAGAGAAUACAAAGGUGGGCUUGAGUAGUAGGCCCUGUCUUACCUUGGCUUAAGAGGCUAGGCUGAUGAUCUUGCAGAGCACUGUCCAUUUAAAAAUACAAUGCAAGCCACAUACAUAUUUUCAAUUUCCUAGAAGCCACAUGAAAAAGUAAAAAACAUGAAAUUAGUUUUAAUGUAACUUAUUUUAUCCAAUAUAUCCAAAAUAUUCACUUUUCAAUAUAUAGUCAAUAUUUAAAUAUCAUUAAUGAAGUAUUUUACAUUUAGGGGGUUCUAGAUUUCUGAAAUCUGGGUAUAUCUAACUUAGCACAUCUCAGUUUGGACUGGCUACAGUUCAAGUACUAGCCAUAUGUGGCUAACAAGAAAGGAUAGCACAGACUUAAAGAGAAAGUUGUGUAGGAGUGAAAAAACAUGCACAGGAGAUAGCAGACCAAUUUAGAGUGGAAUGUUCAUUCCUGACAACAGUGGAAGUUAGGAUUAGAAAGGUAGAUUAUGAACCGUUAUGGAAGAUCUUGAACUCCAUGCUCGAAGGAGUUGGAACUUUUAAGUCAACAAUUGAAUAUCCUUGAGGUUGUUGAAUCCUUAAUUAUAACAGUUAAGGAGUUUAAGGAAUGCCAUUACUAUACAUAAAAACAGCAGUGGGUUUUUAGGAGGGACAGAAAGCUCUGUUCCCCACGCUUUGUAUCCCAGAGAAUGAAUGGUGGGGCCCUGAGCAAAAUCAAGGAAAUCCUUGUUGGGUCUUUGAUCAAUGUAAAAAGCUACAGGAAUUAGUGGAUCCUUCCUGAUCCUCCACACAUUGGAGAGCUCCUUUAUACGUCUUUGAGCUGGGUCAAAUAGGUUUUGGCAUUAGACUUCAAACCCACCAACGUUCCCAAAUUGUAAGACUUAGUCCCAUGGAUUUCUUCGAAUCAUUCUUCUCUUUUUAGAGAACCCCUUCAUUUAGCCAACAAUUUAUUAGAGUUACUGUAAAUGCUACAAAGGUAAUCCUCUCACCAAUUCACUUACCAAUUUAAUGUAGUUCCCCUAACUGGAGGGGAAAAAAAGCUGAACUAACUAGCCUUGAAAUGUAAAUUUGCCCAGUGGCUUACAACUUGGAAAAUACUCUCACUUUUGUAUUUCCUUUAAUGAUGAAAGUAAUGACUACUUUUUAUACACCAGGAAACGAGGCUGUGGAAUUAAAACUCCAGGAGAAAAAUUAAUUUAGUAGUAACGAUCACUAGAUUAGUAUGGAGCAAUAGGAAGAACAGCGGAGUUGGCAAGAGAAAACAAGACACAGGUUCAAGUUCCCACUCUACAUUUUAAGGGUUAGCGAUCUUGGGCAAGUCACAUCUCCAAACCUUAGUGCACCCUACUACCAAGUGAUGAUAAUGUGGGGGGUGCCUGGGUGGCUCAGUCGGUUAAGUGUCUGCCUUUGGCUCAGGUCAUGAUCUCAGGGUCCUGGGAUCAAGUCCCACAUUGGGCUCCCUGUUGUGCGGGCAGUCUGCUUCUCCCACUCACUCUCCCUCUGUGCUCUCCCUCUCUCUCUCUCUCUCUCUCUCUCAAAUAAAUAAAAUCUUAAAAAAAAGAUGCCUCAGGUCACAUGACGUGUGAAGGGUUUAUAAACUGAAAUGCAAUACAAGUAUGUAUUUUACAGAUGGUCCCCCACUUAAAAUGUUCUAUGUCACGAUUUUUCGACUUUACAAUGGUGGGAAAGUGAUACACAUUCGGUAGAAACUGUACUUCAAAUUUUGGAUUCUGAAUUUGAAUCUUUUCCUGGGCUAGCGGGGGGCAGUACGACAAUCUCCCGUGAUGCUGGGCAGAGGCAGUGGGCCACGGCUCCCAGGCAGCCACUGUACCCACACAACUAUUCGGUUCUGCACUUUGAGUGAAGUAGUCAGUAAAUCACAUGGGACAUUCAACACUCUAUUAUAAAAUAGGCUUUGUGUUCGAUUUUGCCCAAGUGUAGGCUAAUGUAAGUGUUCAGAGCACGUUUAAGGUAGGCUAGGCUAAGCUGUGAUGUUUGGUGGGUUGGCUAUGUUAGAUGCAUUUUCAACUUACGAUUGGUUUAUCGGGACUUACCAUGGGAUUACAUCCCAAUAAACCCAUCGUAAGUUGAGGAAGAUAGCGUAGUCUCCCCCUGCCACAUGCUAACUUGAUUUUAGUCUAACAAUUCAAUGCCCCUUAAUUCCCUCUUUGAAACUAAGGUAAUUAGAGCAGGUGAUUUUCUUGAGACUUCUUUUAACUCCAAAUUUUUAAUUUCACCGACACAAGUGGCAUCUCACCUUUUAAACAUUGUUAAAGUCGUUCAAUUGACUAUCUGGAGACAGAUGGCUAAAGUAUUACUGUUAUUACUUACAAGAUUUGCCCACCUUAAGUCCCAUUUGUCUUGGUGUAAUUACGAAUAGUGCCCUGCCCCUUCACUCUCAACACUCUCCUUUUCUGGAGGUAUAGAUACUCACCUAAAAUUUUGAUAGGAAGAAAAACCACUUUCUAAUGAACACGGAGUCAAGGUCUCAAUGGAAAUAGUAUGUUUCCUGUUAAUGAUGCACUAAUUGGCUGGCUACUUGGCUGGAUGUUUGUGUAGGGGGAUUUGAGUAAGUAUAUGGGUAGGAAUGGUGGCUAGAUAGAUCAUUUUAGAUUGCUUUUUAAUACUAAGAAUCUAGUAGCCUGUGUAUCAGGAAUUACUUGAGAAGCUUUAAAUUUGGGGCGCCUGGGUGGCUCAGUCAUUAAGCAUCUGCCUUCGGCUCAGGUCAUGAUCCCAGGAUCCUGGGAUCCAGCCCUGCAUUGCAUCGGGCUCCCUGCUCGGCGGGGAGCCUGC